AUGUAUCCUGUCCAGUAUGCUCCGCAACCAUACGUGGCUGCCGUGACGCCCGCAUUCAAUCAACAACCUGCUCAGGCUUAUCAAGCGCCUCCAGCUUACCGACCAGCUCCAGUUCAACAACGUGCUGCGGCUCCGCCAGCUUAUCAACAAGCACCAGCAGCUCCUGUUUAUCAACAACCGAGAGCUCAAGCGCCGAGGCAGAAUGCUCAGAACCAAAAUAGGAGACAAGGGGAGAGGGUGACCUUCAACCCAAUCCCAAUGUCCUACACUGAGCUUUAUCCCUCCUUGUUGCAAAAGGGGUUGGUAGUUCCCAGACCUAUGGGACCUCCACCUGAUCGUCUUCCUCCAUGGUACAACCCUAAUGCAUACUGUCCUUUUCAUGAAAAAGGUGCCCCCGGGCAUGACCUAGAAGGUUGUUACGCUCUAAAGCAUAGGGUUCGAGAGUUGAUUGAGAGCAAGAUCUUGUCUUUUAAGGACAUGGGACCGAAUGUGAAGAACAAUCCUCUUCCUCCCCAUGGAGAUCCUGCAGUAAACGCCAUUGAGGAUGCCUUUGUUGGUAUUACGGUUGAUAAGGUGGAUGAUGUGAAGACUCCUUUGGUGGCAUUCCAUUCCCGAUUGGUGGAAGCUGGCCUGAUUAAUGUAAAUCAUGAAAAUUGUGAAGAGUGUGCCACACAUCCAAAAGGGUGUCAGAUGGUGCGAGACAAUAUUCAAGGCUUGAUGGAUGAAGGAAUGCUUCAAAUAUCCAGUGUCGUGAAGAACGAAGACGUGUUGGUAAUUGAACCUUGUUUCAAUUUACCCGAACCAGUGGAAAUCCCUUAUUAUAGCAGAAGGGUGACGCUUGAGAAUAGUCAUCCGUCGCCUUUUGAAAUAUGUAUGCCCGCACCUUUUCCCUACGAAAGCACCAGGGCUGUGCCUUGGAAAUAUGAGAUCACUGUUGUGGAUAAGGUUGUUGAAGGAAGUUCAGACGCUGAGGUGACAGAAGCUGUAAGUGAAGACGUCACAAAUAUUGCAGGAAUGAGCAGAAUGACCCGUAGUGGUCGAAUCUAUACGCCUAAAUUCAAUGUGACUCCUCAAGGGCCAAACAAGGAAUCAACGGUUGCAGCUCCCACUAAAGAACCCGAAGUGGUCCAAUCCGAAGAUGUUGUUGAACUCUUGAAGUUAAUCAAGAGAAGUGACUACAAAGUGGUGGAUCAGCUGCAUCAAACACCAUCUAAAAUCUCUAUUCUGUCUCUGCUACUGAACUCCCAAGCCCAUAGGGAGGCUUUGUUGAAGGUGCUUGCCCAAGCUCAUAUAACGCAAAGCAUAACAGUUGACCAAUUUGAUGGGGUGGUUGCGAACAUCACAACCUGCAAUACUUUGAGCUUCAGUGGAGAGGAAUUACCUGAGGAUGGACAAAAUCACAAUCGUGCUCUCCAUAUCUCGGACCCUGUUGGGAAAGCUUCUUCAUCUUUCGCAUCUCUGAAGAGCGCAAGGUCUAGCAUCGAAGGAGGAAACCCUGAAGGUUGGGGUCAACUUAUUGAUAUUCGUGAGAAGCAUGAUCGCUUUGGUCUGGGAUAUGUGCCUUCCGCUGCGAAAGGAGCCCGAGUCCCUGCAAAGGACAACACCCGAAGCAUCCAGGAAGUAUUCCUCAGCACAGGAUUCAUCCAUGGAGAUCAGGUCAAUGCAAUUGAAGAUAGCACCGCAAAUGAAGAUGAGCCAUGUUUGGUUUACCAGUGUGAGACAGCUUUGAACAACUGGAAGGCGGUUGAGAUCCCCGAAAUUUUUCCUUUGUCAAAGUAA